UCCCACAAGCCCUUUCGGCCAUCGCCCAUGCGCCGCAGUCAAUCAGCUGUUGAGGCAACUGCUGACCACCUCGGCACAAGCGUAGCUCGUUUGUCAUAUCCCAACCCAGGCGAGGCAAACAGAAAUAUCUAUUCACAGUCUGAAAAAGGUGAACGAUAAAAGCUCAGCAAACCAUGCAGGAUGAUUUACUGAUGGACAAAAACAAAGCCCAGCCUCAUCAGCAGCAGCAAGAUCCGACACAAGUAGACCCUCCUCCCUCCACGCCGACCCCGUCAUCGGAUCCCACUUCAUCCUCAUCCGAGUCGGAGAGCCCGUCGACCGGCAGCAGCCAAGCGGCUUCCGCGCUGAGCAACAGCGGCAGUGGCGGCAGCAAGGACCGAGUCCCGAUGGAGUCGCCUAUCCUGCCCGGGCUGGGCUUCCACCAGCACCCGCUUCAGGAGACCGGCGGACCCCUCGGUUCCCCUCCGUCGUCGUUCGGGAGCACUUGGUCCACGGGGACCACGAACGCCGUGGAGGACAGCUUUUUCCAGGGAAUACCGUCCGUGAAUGGGACGAUGCUUUUCCAGAACUUCCCGCACGUCAACCCGGUGUUUGGGGGGAAUUUCUCCCCGCAAAUCGGGCUUUCUCAGCAGCAGCAGCAGCAGCAGCGGAGAUCCCCGGUCAGUCCCAGCCAAGGCCCCUUUCCCCAGAGAAACGCUUACCAGACCAUCAUGAACAACAGCAAAGGGACCUCGUCGUCUUCCCCGGCUUCCUCCUCCGCCUGGAAUAACCACCAGAACGCCGGGUGGAGCACCCCGUCCAACCCGUGGAGCGGGCUGCAGCCGGGCAGAGACCCGCGCCGAGCCGUGGGCGUCGGGGUUGGUGUUGGGGUCGGGGUGCCGUCUCCGCUCAACCCCAUCUCCCCGAUGAAGAAGCCUUACACCAGCAAUGUCAUAGCGCCCCCAAAGUUCCCGAGACCCGGCGGUCCUCUGGCUCAAAAGCCCUGGCUGGAGGACAGCGCGUUCAGGAGCGACAACAGCAACAACAUACUGCCUUUCCAGGACCGGAAUCGGCCCUUUGAUCCUUUUAACUUGAACUCUUUGGAGAAUCCCUUAAUGGAUAUGAUAAAGACUGACCAUGACAAAGGUAAACCACACCCGGCUGGUGGCCCCCCAUUGACCAUCGCUGACAUUAUAUGGAGGAAUCAUUUUGCAGGACGGAUUGGACUCAACUUUCACCAUCCUGGAGCAGAACACAUAUUGCCCCUGAAUACAGGCCGGAGCUUUGGCCGCCGACGAGGUCGCUCCUGUCUCUUCCCCUUUGAGGAUGGUUUCCUUGACGACGGCCACGGUGACCCCUCCCUGACCCCGGGCCUGAACUCGCCGACCCGCUGUCAGAACGGCGAGAGGAUGGAGCGCUACUCCAGGAAAGUGUUCGUCGGAGGUCUUCCUCCCGAUAUAGAUGAAGAUGAAAUCACCAACAGUUUCCGCCGCUAUGGGCACCUGGUGGUGGAUUGGCCCCACAAAGCUGAAAGCAAAUCCUACUUCCCACCUAAAGGUUACGCCUUCCUGCUUUUCCAGGAAGAGGCUUCAGUCCAGGCGCUGAUCGACGCCUGCAUUGAGGAGGACGGGAAGCUCUACCUGUGUGUGUCCAGUCCCACCAUCAAGGACAAACCAGUCCAGAUCCGUCCCUGGAACCUGAGCGACAGCGACUUCGUCAUGGACGGCUCCCAGCCUCUGGAUCCGCGCAAAACCAUCUUCGUUGGAGGGGUUCCCCGGCCCCUGCGUGCAGUGGAGCUAGCGAUGAUAAUGGAUCGGCUGUAUGGAGGCGUUUGCUACGCCGGCAUCGACACGGACCCGGAGCUGAAAUAUCCGAAGGGAGCCGGGCGCGUGGCGUUCUCCAACCAGCAGAGCUACAUCGCCGCCAUCAGCGCCCGCUUUGUCCAGCUGCAGCACAACGACAUCGACAAAAGGGUGGAGGUGAAGCCGUACGUCCUGGACGACCAGAUGUGCGACGAGUGCCAGGGCGCGCGCUGCGGCGGCAAGUUCGCCCCGUUCUUCUGUGCCAACGUCACCUGCCUGCAGUACUACUGCGAGUUCUGCUGGGCCAGCAUCCACUCCCGGGCCGGCCGCGAGUUCCACAAGCCGCUGGUGAAGGAGGGCGGCGACCGCCCUCGACACGUCUCCUUCCGCUGGAGCUGAGGACGGCGGGCCAGCGGGGUCAGCGGGGGGUCACGGAUCUGCACUAUCCUCAACCCAGACGAAGAAGAAGAAAUGACAACAGCUCCCGCCGGCUUCACCCGACAUGGAAAAAAUGCGAAACGGAUCAGAUUCUCGGUUCUGAACUCGUUGUCAAAGCUUUGUGGGGAGGAAAAACUCCACCAGCUUACAAUUUGCACUUUGGCACAAAGUCUCACUAUAAAACACACACAUACACACGUACACACACACGGGACGGUUCGGUAUGUCCCCCCUCGGGACCGCUCACGUAUUUAAAAAUACACAUAGCUCUAUUUUUUUUGUACUUAUCUAGACGUUAAAUAGAUGGUUUAAAUUUUAUGCAAAAGGAGCAUGCACUUACUUUGAAACAACUGUAGUUACGUCGCCCCUAGUUAAAAUCAUAAAGAAGAAUAAAUAAAUAAAAAAACUACCAAAGGCUAAUUGAAUAAAUGCAGAAGUUAGGCGGCAUCAGAUGUAGCAACAAUUACCAGCUCUGAAGACAACUGAUAUAUUCUCUGUAAAUGUUCAUACCUCACAAUCAGAUUAGUUUGCGUUCGAUAUCUAGGUCUUUAUUUUUAUAAUAACAUAAUUUUUUUUGUGUAAUGUAAAUGUAACUGCUGCGGGAGCUUUGCUGCUAAAUCCCAUGGUAUGAACAGAUAACUUAAGUACUUUAUUUUAUUUUCCCAGCGAGGAAUUCAGAAGCAGCCGGUGUUUCAGGACGACGAGUUGUCUCAGGCAAUGAUGGCCGACGUUUUGAGGUCAGGGGUCGCCCCUAACUGCAUGUUCUAGUCAGGCUACUGCAUGCAAAACACUUUUUCAGUAUCAUGUCUGCAGGUUUUUGUUUUUAUUUUGAUUCUGGCCAUGUUUUGCACAACGCACUGCAAGCCGUGUUACACCCUGCUGAAGGACUCGCACAUCAGAUCACUGAAAAUUUGAUGGUGUUUUACUGGGAUUUUAUAAAAUUAGAGCAAUGGAAAGUAAUUUAUGUAGUAGAGGAAAUUUGCAAAUUAAAAAUCUCAAUAGGUGAACAA